AACAGCCCUGGGAGCAGACGCACUCUCUGCUAGGAAUGAUGUCGUACCUGAAAGUUAUGAUCAUAUGGAACAUACUUUGCUUAUCCCUGGUGGUCCUUUCACUGUCCUUGAUUCCAGAAGUGUCUUCUCAAGAUGUAUCGAGCUGUACAGGGAGAUGUGGGUCAGGGUAUUCUAGAGAGCAUGACUGCCAGUGUGAUUUUAACUGUCACCACUACAUGGAGUGCUGCCCUGACUUCAGGAAAGUCUGCAUAGUGGCCGCCUCCUGCGAGGGACGCUGCUUCGAAGCCUUCGAGAGGGGAAGGGAGUGUGACUGCGACGCCGACUGUGAGCGAUACGGAAAAUGCUGCCCAGACUACGUCAAGUACUGUAAAGAGGCACACACAGAAAAGCCAACCCCAGAGACUCCUCCAGACAACAAAUCAACAUCUAAAAGGUCCUCCACAGAUGAGGAAGAGUCACCAGAGGAAGCUGUGGAAGAUCCUGAAAACCAAGUGACCACUCCUGCUCCAGCCACAGAGGAACCAGCCACUGAAGACGACCCUCCCACUCCGGGUACAGAAGAUGUGACCCCUGAUGCCACAGAGGAGCCACUGACUGAAAUGGACCCAACUGACCUGCCCCCAACACAAGACCCAACCCUCGACGCCACCGAGGCAGCAGCAACUGAUUCCGAGCCCCCCACCAGCCCCACACCUGAAGAGACAACCCCAGAGGAGCCGACAACUCCUAAAGCAGAGGAGCCGACAACUCCUAAAGCAGAGGAGCCGACAACUCCUAAAGCAGAGGAGCCGACAACUCCUAAAGCAGAGGAGCCGACAACUCCUAAAGCAGAGGAGCCGACAACUCCUAAAGCAGAGGAGCCGACAACUCCUAAAGCAGAGGAGCCGACAACUCCUAAAGCAGAGGAGCCGACAACUCCUAAAGCAGAGGAGCCGACAACUCCUAAAGCAGAGGAGCCGACAACUCCUAAAGCAGAGGAGCCGACAACUCCUAAAGCAGAGGAGCCGACAACUCCUAAAGCAGAGGAGCCGACAACUCCUAAAGCAGAGGAGCCGACAACUCCUAAAGCAGAGGAGCCGACAACUCCUAAAGCAGAGGAGCCGACAACUCCUAAAGCAGAGGAGCCGACAACUCCUAAAGCAGAGGAGCCGACAACUCCUAAAGCAGAGGAGCCGACAACUCCUAAAGCAGAGGAGCCGACAACUCCUAAAGCAGAGGAGCCGACAACUCCUAAAGCAGAGGAGCCGACAACUCCUAAAGCAGAGGAGCCGACAACUCCUAAAGCAGAGGAGCCGACAACUCCUAAAGCAGAGGAGCCGACAACUCCUAAAGCAGAGGAGCCGACAACUCCUAAAGCAGAGGAGCCGACAACUCCUAAAGCAGAGGAGCCGACAACUCCUAAAGCAGAGGAGCCGACAACUCCUAAAGCAGAGGAGCCGACAACUCCUAAAGCAGAGGAGCCGACAACUCCUAAAGCAGAGGAGCCGACAACUCCUAAAGCAGAGGAGCCGACAACUCCUAAAGCAGAGGAGCCGACAACUCCUAAAGCAGAGGAGCCGACAACUCCUAAAGCAGAGGAGCCGACAACUCCUAAAGCAGAGGAGCCGACAACUCCUAAAGCAGAGGAGCCGACAACUCCUAAAGCAGAGGAGCCGACAACUCCUAAAGCAGAGGAGCCGACAACUCCUAAAGCAGAGGAGCCGACAACUCCUAAAGCAGAGGAGCCGACAACUCCUAAAGCAGAGGAGCCGACAACUCCUAAAGCAGAGGAGCCGACAACUCCUAAAGCAGAGGAGCCGACAACUCCUAAAGCAGAGGAGCCGACAACUCCUAAAGCAGAGGAGCCGACAACUCCUAAAGCAGAGGAGCCGACAACUCCUAAAGCAGAGGAGCCGACAACUCCUAAAGCAGAGGAGCCGACAACUCCUAAAGCAGAGGAGCCGACAACUCCUAAAGCAGAGGAGCCGACAACUCCUAAAGCAGAGGAGCCGACAACUCCUAAAGCAGAGGAGCCGACAACUCCUAAAGCAGAGGAGCCGACAACUCCUAAAGCAGAGGAGCCGACAACUCCUAAAGCAGAGGAGCCGACAACUCCUAAAGCAGAGGAGCCGACAACUCCUAAAGCAGAGGAGCCGACAACUCCUAAAGCAGAGGAGCCGACAACUCCUAAACCAGAGGAGACAACCCCCCCACCAGGGGAUCCGACAACUCCAAAACCAGAGGAGACAACCCCAGAGGAACCGACAACUCCUAAACCAGAGGAUCCAACCCCAGAGGAGCCGACAACACCAGCACCAGAGGAGACAACCCCCGAGGAGCCGACAACACCAGCACCAGAGGAGACAACCCCCGAGGAGCCGACAACUCCUAAACCAGAGGAGACAAUCCCAGAAGAACCGACAACUCCUAAAGCAGAGGAGCCGACAACUCCUAAACCAGAGGAGACAAUCCCAGAAGAACCAACAACUCCUAAAGCAGAGGAGCCGACAACUCCUAAAGCAGAGGAGCCGACAACUCCUAAAGCAGAGGAGCCGACAACUCCUAAAGUAGAGGAGAUAACCCCAGAGGAGCUGACAACUCCUAAACCAGAGGAGCCGACAACCCCUAAACCAGAGGAGCCGACCCCAGAGGAGCCGACAACACCAGCACCAGAGGAGACAACCCCAGAGGAGCCGACAACUCCUAAACCAGAGGAGCAAACCCCUAAACCAGAGGAAACAACCCUAGAGGAGCCAACAACUCCUAAACCAGAGGAGGCAACCCCAGAGGAGCCGACAACUCCCAAACCCAAAGAGCCAACCCCAGAGGAGCCGACCACCUUGCCAGACUCUCCCACUACCCCCAAACCUGAAGAAACAACCCCAGAGGAGCCAACAACCAAGGCAGACUCUCCUGCCACCACCCCCAAAGCUGAAGAAACAACCCCAGAAGAAACAACCAAGGCAGACUCUCCCACCACCCCUAAAGCAGAGGAUUCUGACUCUCCGACCAUCCCUGCAGCCCCUGAGGCCAGUAAAGCCACAGCUUCUCCGGGCAGUGCUGAACCCACAACUGUUGGCAAGGACUCCCCCACAGCUGGGGCAGGGACAAUGCUUUCAGAUACCACAAUUGAGAACAAGGAGACAACAACACCAAAGAAAGACAGAACUACUCUGCUUAAAGACAUUUUCACAGCUGCAACUGGGAAAGACACAGUUACUGUAUCUAUGGUGACAACAGCUAAACCAGGUGAUUCUCCUAAAGGUAUGGAUGACCUUCCAAACACAGCUCCUACGGCCGAGGAACCUGUCACUGCAGCAGCUGAAUCAGAAACAACUUCUACAGACACCAAGACUGCAACAACAGCAGCCACAGCUCCCUUGCCCAAUCCCACUGUGCUGGUAACAACCAUCAAAGAAGAUUCAACUCCUCAGCCUGGUGAGGCUGUAACACCAAAUGAAAAAGAGACAACUACAGACACUGAGCAGGCUGGGCCAGCAGCAGACAAAGAGAGCCCAGGUGCUGCUUGUGUUAUUGUGGAGAUGACACCUGGUAAAAAAGAGGUAACAACCAUUAAAGAAAUGGGCACCACACCUGAAAAAGAAAUGGAAGAUGUCACUGAAAAGGCCCCUGGUAUUGCCAAAGAAGAGGUAACUACAGUUCCCAAAGAAACCACAACAAGGGAUAAAAAGGACACAAUAGAGGAAAUGUAUCUUGUGUUUAAUGGGACAUCCAAGCCAACAAUACAUUUCCAGGAGGUCACUGAGGCCACAGAAGAGCCUCAUCCAACUGAACCUGAAACUCUGCCAGCGAAAGAAGAACCGGAAAUAAACAAGCCUUUAAUACAAGUUGGGGACCUGCCAAUGUUCCCUGGAGAAACACAAGAGAAGAACGACGAGAAGGACCUGUGCAGCGGCAAGCCAGCGGACGGCAUGGUGGCCCUGCCCAAUGGCACCCUGGCCGUCUUCCGAGGUCACUAUUACUGGCUGCUGAACGGCCGGACCCCUCCGACCACCAACCCCCGCCGGAUCACCGACGGCUGGGGCAUCCCCUCGCCCAUCGACUCCGUCUUCUCCAGGUGCAACUGCGAUGGGAAAACCUUCUUCAUCAAGGGUCCCCUGUACUGGCGCUUCACUAAUGGUGUUAUGGAUAAUGGCUAUCCCAAACCUCUCGCAACUGGAUUUGCAGGGUUAAGUGGGAGAAUAGUAGCAACCCUCCCUGUGGCAAGAUACAACAACAGACCAGAAUCUGUUUAUUUUAUCAAAAGAGAUGGGAACAUGCAGCAGUAUGUGUACAGACAAGAGCCAGCCAAGAAGUGUCAAAGAAGAGCCCGGGUCACCAUCAGAUACCCAGCCUUUGUCCCCAGAGUUGUCAUCCGGCGGCGCUUCCAGCGUGCUGUGCGAAUGCCGACCGUCAUCCGCACGGUCAGGAUCAACUCCCACCCCUCUGGAGUUCUGCGCAAGGAAAUCCAAAUGACAACGUACUGGAGAGGGCUCCCCAAAGUUGUCCACUCAACUCUCUCCGUGCCCAACCAGAACAAGCCCGAUGGCUAUGACUACUACGCCUUCUCUUACAAUCGGUACUACAGUUUGGAUGUUGGCAAAAGAAUAGCACGACCUGUUACUGCUCUCACAGGAAAGACUGUAACCAAAGACUGGUACAACUGUCCCAGCAAGUGAGGCACAGCAGAGGAGUUUAAAUCAAGAUGCCAUUUGGAUGUCAAUGUUUUUUUUAAUUUUAUUAAUAAAAGACAUUGAAAUAUGUGCACACAA